AUGGUACAAAUGGUUAACAUUUUCAAGAAAACGAUAUUCCCUUCGACGAUGGCGCCCCCGUACGGCUCGGACCCCAACGAGGAGCCCAUAUCGCGCACCUACCAAUACAGGAAGGUGAUGAAGCCGAUGCUGGAGCGCAAGCGACGCGCCAGAAUCAACCGCUGCCUGGACGAGCUGAAGGAGCUGAUGGUGACGGCGCUGCAGAACGAGGGCGAGAACGUCUCGAAGCUGGAGAAGGCCGACAUCCUGGAGCUGACCGUCCGGCACCUGCACACGCUGAAGAACCACCGGCAGCUGGCGGCGCCGGCGCCGGCGGAGCAGGGCUACGCGGACCGGUUCCGGGCGGGGUUCGCGCAGUGCGCCCAGGAGGUGACGCACUUCGUGGCGACGCCGACGGACGGCGUCGAUCCGACGGCGGGCAGGAAGCUGCUGCAGCACUUGGGCGCGUGCGUGCGGCGGCUGGAUUACGCGUCGCGGUGUUGCGAGGGGAAGGACGCCGGGACGCCGGCGGCGGGGCAGGUGUGGCGGCCUUGGUCGGGGUAG